AUGUCGCGCUACGCUGGCACUUUUGCCAAGCCGGAGAAUGCUCUGAAGCGUGCGGAGGAGCUGAUUAACGUCGGUCAGCCCAACGCCGCCCUUCAGGCGCUCCACGAUGUGAUCACGUCGAAGCGCCACCGUACCUGGCAGAAGGUCCUCGAGCAGAUCAUGUUCAAGUACGUGGAGUUGUGCAUCGAGCUCAAGAAGGGGCGCCUCGCGAAGGAUGGUCUGAUCCAGUACAGGAUCGUGUGCCAGCAGGUGAACGUCAACUCGCUCGAGGAGGUGAUCAAGCACUUUCUGAAGCUUGCGACCGAGAAGGCGGAGGCGGCUCAGGCUGCCGCUUCGGCCGCUACCAUCGACAUCGAAGAUCUCGAGGCUGAGAACACCCCGGAGAACUUGAUGCUGAAGUCGGUCUCUGCUGAGAGCGACAAGGAUCGCUCCGAUCGCGAGCUCGUCACCCCUUGGUUCAAGUUCCUGUGGGAAACCUACCGAACCAUCCUCGAGAUCCUGCGCAACAACAACAAGCUGGAGGGGCUCUACGCCAUGACGGCCAACCGCGCAUUCAACUUCUGUGUGACUUACAAGCGCACCACCGAGUUCCGCCGCCUCUGUGAGAUCCUGCGCAAUCACCUGUCCAACCUUCAGAAAUAUCGCGACCAGCGCGAUCGCCCCGAUAUGACACUGGCCGAGACGCAGAACUACUACCUCGAGACAAGGUUUGAGCAGCUCAAGUCUGCCGCGCAGCUCGAGCUGUGGCAGGAGGCGUUCCGCACGAUUGAGGACAUCCACGGCUUAACUUUCAUCCUCAAGAAAUCGCCCAACCCGAGGAUGAUGGCCUCUUACUUUGCCAAGCUCACAAAGGUCUUCUGGGUGUCGGAGAACCAUCUCUAUCAUGCAUACGCCUGGUACAAGCUCUUUAACUUGAGCAAGGCGUACAACCGUAACCUUACGCCAGAGGACCUGAAGGCAAUGGCGUCGGCUGUGCUGCUCUCUGCGAUCGCCAUUCCGCCGUAUGAAUCUCGCACAUCUGCCAGUACCUCGAACGAGGAGAUCGAGAACGCUAAGGAACGCGAUGUGCGCAUGGCGACUCUGCUCGGUUACACCCUGGACCCCAAGCGGGACCCCCGCGAGGUUCUUUCGCGCAAGGCGCUGCUUUCUGAGCUGAUCUCGAAGGGUAUUCUAUCCCUCGUGUCCACCGAGGCCCGCCAGCUGUACGCCUUGUUUGAGAAGGAGUUCCACCCCCUGGAUCUCUGCAAACAUGCCCAGAAGGUGUUUGGAUCUAUGGACACAGAGACCGUGGAGCUUUCCGCGGCCAGCCCCAUCCCAUCUAUCUCUUUUGGAGACUUCUUGCCCCGCAUGCGCAACCUUGCUGUUGUCCGCAUGCUGCAGCAGUCGUCCCAAGUUUAUCAGACGAUGAAGCUUGAGACUCUUCAGCAGAUGGUGCCGUUCCUGGAGUUUACCCAGGUCGAGCGUAUCCUAGUGAACUGCACGAAGGGCGGCGCUGUCUCGGCGCGUCUUGACCACCAGAACAAGUGCAUCUGCUUUGAGGGCGAUAAGCUCGAGAGCGACGGCAUCAAGAAUCACCUUGUGCUCAUGGCUCAGAAGCUGCGCAACGGCAUUAAGAUGAUUUACCCUGACGAAGUACCGGCUUCGUCUCUUGCAUCCCAGUCCAACACCGCUGAACUGCUGUCGAAGAUUGAGGUUGAGCACAAGCUGGCUCUCGCGCGCAAGGUUAUCAUUGAGCGCCGCAAAGAGGAGGCAGAGCUCAUCCUUCAGGAGCAAGAGAGGGAAGCCGAGGAGGCUCGCCUCGCCCUGCAGCGCAAGAACGAGGCUGCAGAGGCCAAACGUCUCGAAGAGGAACGUCGCAUCCGUGAGGAGACCCGCAUUCGCCAGGAGAUGGAGGAGAAGGAGAAGCAGGAGGCUCUUGCCCUUCUCGCCGAGGCAGAGAAGCGCAGCAAAGGCAAAAAGCUCAAGAUCAAGCUCGAGGAGGGCCAGAAGCUCGACAAGCGCAGCCUCAUGGAGGAUGCCAUCAAGGAGCAGAUCAAGGAGCGUCAGGACAUGGAGCGCAAACUCCAGCGCCUGGCCAAAUCGAUGGACCACCUUGAGCGUGCCAAGCGCGAAGAGGAGGUUCCGCUGAUCGAGGCGGCUUACAAGCUCAAGAUGGCUGAAGACGAGCAGUACCACACGACGAUGCAGCAGCAGAACGCUGAGAAGCACCGUCAGACCUGGGAGACGAAUGUCGAAGAGAAGAAGCGCCUCGCUAAGAUGGCCGCGGACAAGGAGGAGUUUGCGGCAGCUAUUGUGUCCCGCCGAUCUGAAGAAUUCGAGGCUCUCCGCCUCGAGCGCGAGGAGCGCAUCAAUGAGUUGCGGGCCCUUCGCCGCGCUGAGCGCGAGAUUGCUCGCCGCAGGGCUUACGUUCGUCGCCUUCAACAGAUUGAAGACGAAGCUCGUGCUGCCGCCGAGCAGGAGGAGCGUGAGCGCAUCGAGGAGGAGGCACGUGCUCGUCGCGCUGCGGAACAGGAAGAAGAGGAAAAGCGCCGAGAUGAGGAGGACAGGGCCCGCAGGGACAGGUAUGAACCUCGUCGCGACGGCUCUGGCGAAGCGCCCCCGGGUCGCUUCGAGCCGAGCCGGCGCCGUGACGACCGAUACGACGACAGGCGCCGUGACGACCGAUACGACGACAGGCGCCGUGACGACCGAUACGACGACAGGCGCCGUGACGACCGAUACGACGACAGGCGCCGUGACGACCGAUACGACGACAGACGCCGCGACGACCGAUACGACGACAGGCGCCGCGACGACCGGUAUGACAGCAGGCGCCGCGACGACCGUGGUCCUUCCCGCGACGACCGUGGUCCUUCCCGCGAUGAUCGCGGGCCCUCCAGGUACUCGGCCCGUGGAGACGACAGGCGACCCAGCAGGUGGUAAAUCUGUCGACGCUCAAAUUAAUAUCAUCAUCACGAUUCACAUC